CGUUUCAAAAUGGAAUCCCGGCCGUAGGUAUGUGGCUGGCUAGCUAACUAUCAAACAGUAGUCAGUUGCAAACAGAGGAAAGAUUAGUGAUGGAUACCGAUCAGAAAGUCUUGACGAGACAGCUUGCUAAUGUGCAACUAAUCAAGCUUGCCACAGCUGACUACGUACGUGCGCUAACGUUAGCUAGUUACUACAGGUAGAUAGCUGGCACAAGCUGGAAUCACACAGUAAAACAAGAAGAUAGAGAGCAACUCUAGUGAUAUGUUGUCGAACUGGGUAACGUUACCUGUUGAUAUGACAAUCAAUGGUUAAAUUGCCUUUUAAAUUACGUUUGGGUUAGAAUUCCAGCAUGAUAUACAUUUUUUCUUGAUUCCUGUCCCCACGUUUCCACGUCUAGCCUACGCCGCUAAGCAACCAAAUUGUAAAAUCGUUGAUAGACAGUUGACUCAACCUAUCUUCGGUACGAGCAGUUUUCCUUCUCAGAUGAAGGACCUAUCACAUGAUUAUCUCAUGCGCAUCACAUAUAAUCCAUGGUCAUUGGAUACAAUUUUGAUUGAAACUAAAUUUGACCAACAGAAUGCCCGCCACUACUGUACUGACGGUCACAGAAAAAUGAACAGUAGCUAGAUUUUUAUUUAAUUUUUUAACAGUAGCUAGCUAGCUCUUUUACAAACAGGAAAACAAUACUUAUUUUUUAACUCACUUGUUCCAUGGCUUAAAAUCCAUUAUACCGGACAAAUCAGCUGUGGACGACAAUACACACUGUUGAGGGCUGCUUUGGUCCAGAAUUGACUUACACUUUUGGAUGCAUGACGAGGAUCUGAAAGAUGACGACCGAGACCCACGUCAAGGACAUCAAGCCAGGACUCAAGAAUCUCAGUGUCAUCUUCAUCGUACUUGAAACAGGACGAGUGACAAAGACAAAGGAUGGGUAUGAGGUGCGGACCUGUAAGGUGGCCGACAAGACCGGCAGCAUUAGCAUCUCAGUUUGGGAUGAGGUAGGGGGACUGAUCCAAACCGGUGACAUCAUCAGACUCACUAAGGGAUAUGCGUCUGUGUUCAAAGGUUGCCUGACUCUGUACACGGGUAGAGGUGGAGAGCUGUCGAAGAUUGGAGAGUUCUGCAUGGUGUAUUCAGAGGUACCAAACUUCAGUGAGCCUAGCCCAGAGUACUCUAACAUGGACCAGAUGAAGAACAAGACUGUAGUCGGUGACCAAGGAAACAUACUGAACAACAAUAACAGCUCAGCUGGUAAUGAAACUACCAAUGGGAACGGUGUAAACUCUCAAGGUUCCGGGAGCUCGACUAAUCCUCAACAGGGAGGGCAGGCUGGCAGUGAUGUUGGCAGCAGAGCAGCCAAUCCAGGAGCGACAGCUGUCAGCAAUGGAAAGGAAACUAGACGUUCAGCAAAAAGAUGAUUGGAGCAGAAGGAAGCAAAGUCCAUCCCUCUCCAGAAAUGUCAAAUGAGACUAAUGCUGCGUUCGAAGUGGAAAUUUACCACCAUAGAGUUAGGACUCUAAAUGGAUAAAACCCAUUUUGGCAUGAACCUUGCUAUUGAGGGUUUCACCAUUUUAAAGUAGUCAAAUGGGUGGGACUUCCUAUGGGUAAGGAAACAUCACAUGAAGGAUGAUAGUCAAGUUUUUCACUAGUAAUUACCAGCUGGAGGGCUGUUCAAAUGUAUUUUCCCAGUUGUAUGUGGUAAAUGUUAAGACAUUUGAUUUUAAUUAGGUUUGUUUACAAGGUACACUAAAGUUCACUAAAGGUUAUGUAACCAUCAAGAAAAAGUAUGUGAGAAAUAUUUUUUUUUCUUCUUUUUUACAAUUAAGCUGCUUAAUGGGAAGCCAUAACGUGUUUUUCAAAGUCAGGCAGUUUUCCAAUGGUCUUUUAACUAAUGUGCUGUGUAGGCUCUGUGCAAAACGUAGCCCAAACCUGACAGAUUUAUGUGAAGUUGGAUUCAGAAAUCCUUAAUUGCCAGAAUCCUUAGUUGCUACAUCCAUUUUUGGAUGUUUAAAUAAAUUAUAUUGAUUUGAUGAAUUUAACUUAAAUGCCUCAUGAGCUUAGGUCAACUGUCAUACCCCAUCAGAUUCAGAACCUUGUGACAGCAGCCACACUUUAAAUGUUGUACGACCGUUCAAACUGGUCUGGAAUAGUGAGCUUACAUGACCAUUUUUACUCCAAUGUUUGUAAACAAACUGUAUAAAACUACACAUUUGGUAUCAUGGAUGGUCAGUCCUUGCAUCCAUAGAUAUGUUUAUUAAUUUGAAAGUGGUUACACUUCUCCAGCCCCAGAUAGAGAGAAAAAAAAAAAAAACAUACACUAGUUUCAAUUAAGGAUUCUGGCUUGAAAAUUUUAAAUAAAGAAAACACAAAGUAGCUAGAUAUUAAGCAAUAGCAAUUUAUUUAAACAUAACCAAUCCUAAGCCACAACACUGAAUGACAAGACUCAAAUGCUGUAGCAUACAUUGUAUAAAAUCGAUCCGGUUUCAAUGCCUUGGUUUGUUAAAUUUCUCCUGUAAUGUCAGAAAGGUCAAUGCAGAUUACACUGUUUCACUAAAAUCAUUAAAUAAUGUAUUUUAUACAUUUUCAGAACAUUUUGUAAGAAAUAACCAUUCAGUAGCACACAAUUAUAUAACAAGGCAAAGUGCUUUCAAGGAUUGCAAUGUCAAAAUAAUGAACAUGUUGGAGAUUUGUUCAGGGUUGGAAGGGUGUGUGUGUGUGUGUCUUUUACGGAAUAAAUCUCUAACCCCUAUUCCUGUAAAUCACAUACCUAUGCUUCAGUUUAAAAGUCAAAGGUCAGUUGGUUGGGAGAGGUGAUGGGAGUUGUGGUGGUAGCAUGAUCACAAAUUAAGGUCUAGAUUUGUUUUUCGUUUGAAGGCUUAAGGCUGGAUGCAAUACGAUUUCCCUUCACACAAACACCACAUCUCCAUAAUUUGACUUCAAUAACAGCUUUAGUUAUGUUGCUUUUGUAAUUAAGAUACACACGUUCUCCUAAUCUCUGGUAGUUGUAGACAGUUGCAGCUGUAAACUAGACUUUUAGACGUAUGGCUCAACUUACACACUUACAGUAAAAACCCACCAUACUAUGAAAAACAGGAUGAUUCCUGGUGGAUACUUUCAGGACGGGGUUUAAAAAAAAACAAUCAUAAAGUACCUUGUUGCAACAAUUAUCUGAAGGAUAGAAAACAUGUACCAGAGACGAGGUUCACAUGUAUGCUACAACAGUUAGACCUUAAGAGAUUUCAUUCGAUCAAAAUACAGUUUGGCUUCACAUUCCAGUGGUUGUUGGGAUAUCAUUUUUCUUUCCAUGUUACAAGCGCACGUACACACACACACAAAAUCAAGCUCACUUUUUUUUGUGAUUAAGUGAUUAAUAUGCUUUCAUAUUUUCCAGACACUAGUAUACAGUGAGCUACAAAAGUGUUGGGACAGUGAAAAACGUUUUGGCUCGGUACUCCAGCACUUUGGAUUUGAUACGAUGACUAUGAGGUUAAAGUGCAGACUGUCAGCUUUACCUUUAGGGUAUUUUCAUCCAUAUCGGGUGAACCGUUUCAAAAUUACAGCACUUUUUGUACAUAAGUUCCCCCCCCCCCCAAAUGUGUCACGGUCACACUACCUUUGUAGCUCACUGUAGGUGGUUAUGAGCUAAGGAGACAAAGAGUAGCUGUGCAUCAAGGAGGUAGGCAAAAUAAAACAUGAUCAUAUUACAUUAGCAGUAAAAGUCACUUUCAAAAUAGAAUGGACAUUUGAGGUGAGACCAUUUGUUUUAACUUAAAUGUAUUACUUUUAACUGAUAUAUUUGAGGUAAUAUGGAUUCAAAAAUCACAAUCUCAUGCUAAUAAAACUUAAAUGUUUACUGAAUGCUCUAGAAAAUACUGAAUGCAGGCAUGCUCAAGCUCUUCACCAGGCAGCAGUACUUCAAAACAGAAAGGUGCCAAAGAGAAAGCAUUUCAUGCAUUUCCACUUGCUCAUUUUGCACCUCCUAAUUUAUAGUUUGGCCUAAAUGAAGCACAAUAACACUUUCAUGAUCACCUACAGUUCAUGCUGAAGUCACAUGGGAAGUCAACAUCGGCUUGGCAUAUUCUAUCCCUUCUAUGGACUAAAACCAGAUAGGGACUAUUAGUGGUUAAAAUACCUGCCUAACGUUCAACUUUAUGACCAAUUACUAACUUUAACCCAAAACUUCCAAUAUGGUGAAAAAAAUUGCAGCGAAACAAGAAGCCAAUGAAAUUCUAGCAGAGGCAAUACGGACAGUCAAAGCACAUAAUAAUUCAAGAUUGUAGCCCGUAGACCAGGCUUGUGUUACAUUUUGCUUGGCUGGUCUAUUGGAGUAAACAAAUCCUAGCAUAAUUCAAAGCAAUGUCCAAUGACUGAGUCAAACCGAGACGCCCUCCUGAAUAAGACGCUAAUAUAUCCAGAACCAAAGUAAAAAUAAGGGCUGUUAAAGCAAAGGACUACCAACCACCAACAUCAAGCUUUCAAUUACACCAGUGCUUUAAAUUUCAUUCAAAAAGGUCUGUUAAUGCAUAUUAGUCUACCCCACAUAGUACAGUAUCCUACGUGCUAAUUUAUUUUCAAAUAUGCUCAAAUUAACAAUAACAUUUAAAAUGAGUCAACCAAAAACUAUUACAGGCCAUUGCACCAGAAUCUUACAUACAUCACUUGUGUUUCAAAGGAAAUGUAUUUCACGUUAAUAAUUAGAAGGAAAAAACAAUAUUCUUUACGGUAUUUAUAAACCAGGAAGUGGGUAAAGAAAUACAAUAGACAGGAAUGAACACUUUUUCUUUGCCCUUUUGCUGAUAGCGGUUCAUAUUACCGUCGCACACUCGACCUCAUACUCACUAAUGAAGACAUGACAGCUAACUGCCCAAAUCGUCACACACGAACACACUUAAAAUACAGAACUCUAUGCCUACUCACUGUACUGUAAAAGUAAUCAAAACAUUAAGUUCUGUGGCAUAGCAAUCCAUUGACUUCCUUGUCCACAAAAUACAAUCUUCUUCCACCACCUAUUCUUAGAACAUGUUGUAGUACAGAGAACAAUCUAAACACACACACACACAAUUAAAGGAGUUGCAUAAAAACUAGCCUAAAAAUGCCUAAGCCACAACGUUUAUUCGUGAUUAUCUUAAGUCGGUUCAUUUUAUAUAAGGGGGGCGGUUGUACAGACACCAACUAAAACUACAUCUUGAUCAAAUCAACAUACUGCUAAAAUGGUACUACAAAUGUCACAAAUAUAAGUCUUGCUUUAUAAUAAUUUACCAUGUUAAUUUCAAUACCAUUUAGUUAAGUAAAUCAACAACAAUCUCUACACACUACUCUGUCUGAAGUGCAUUUUUAGUGAUGUUGUGCUUAGAACACCCAACAAAGUGCACUUGCCAAUAUUGCUUUUAUUAUGAAUUCACACUAUAACUCCAGUAUUAUCACUACUGGGAUUCAACACUAUUUCAAUGUGUUUUUUCAGGUCCCUUGACAAAUAUGGCAAGCAAGCCAAAGGCAAGAAUCAAACGAGAGCAAAAUAAACUACAGUCAAGUUGUACAUCCAGAGGGUGUUUGGAUUUAUGACAACAGCAUGAGUGUUUCUUUGUAUAUUUCUCCAACCAAUUAACAAUUGCUUGAGGAGUUGAAGCCACAGUGCACGACAUGGAUGGAUGAUAAGACUGGGAAGCACUAGAAUCAUGUUGUGUGUUUUGAAUGAACAACAAUGGCUCACUGGCUUCACCGGGUCUGUAAUUGUGAGCAGUUGUGUUCCUGGGAGGUGUGACCUCCACGUUUAUCAACAAUAAGGCUUUCAAUUGGCAUGAACGGAAGACCAUUUUGCUGAUGUGUAAAAUAUUUUUUUCCCCCAAGGACUUAACUAUUCACUCAAUGGUUUUGUAAGGACACAGUUUAUUAUGCCAGUCUGUAUCACGACAAAGUGUCAGUCAGGAUUGUAUUUGGUGGUCAUAGAGGAGCUGGGUUUCGCAGUUUACAAGGUAACAUUCUUUAACUAUAACAAUUUUGACCAGCCAUGUGACAUACAAUAUAUAUAUAGAAAUGCACAGAAGUCUCAUAAAUAAGUUACUUUAUGAUGUGGAUCUAAAACAACUUCCGGUCCAAUACAUCUCUCCUUUGGUUGCCUAUCGAAGCAUUUCUUUAAUGGAAACAUCAUGAUUCAAUAUCCUAAUUUAACUGUUUUUAUUUAUUUUAUUUAACCUUUAAAUUUUCCCAUGCUGGUCAGUUAGGAACAAAUUCUUAUUUUACAAUGACGGCCUACCCCAGCCAAACCCUCCCCUAACCCGGACAAAGCUGGGCCAAUUGUGCGCCGCCUUAUGGGACUCCCAAUCAUGGCAAUUUGUGAUACAGACCCAGGAUCGAACCCAGGUCUGUAGUGAUGCCUCUAGCCCUGCGAUGCAGUGCCUUAGACCACUGCCCCACCCAGGAUUCCUACUUGCAUUGCCCCAUCCUAUGGGUGGCUGUCAAGAAGCAGUCGAGUCAUGAAACAACCAUCAAAUAAAAUAAAAUAAAAAAAGUGACAAAAGUUGCAUAAUAUGUAUCACAUUUACUCUCCAAUGAGGUCCAAUACAUCAAUAAUAUGCACUGGUUUGGGUACAAAUCAUUGUGAGACAUAACAUCUUGAGGUAAGCUGUUCAAUGUCUGAUAACGGCUAAUCAAGUAAUACAUGAAGGCAUACUAUAAAAAAAUUGUGUGGACAUCACUCUCCACUAAGGAGACAACACCAGUGCAUCCCUCUAUAGUCUAUUUGGAGGGUCAACUCAGUAACUGUCCUUGAAGAGGAAGAGAAGACAGACAAAAUAAAGCUAUUGGUGGGUCUACAUCUCUGAAGUAUUUCAAAGAAGCCAAAUACUGUUAGAGAAUAAAGUCAACCCAUACAUCAGUUUGCUUUGUUUUGAACAAGUGUUACUAAGCCUUAACUAACUUCAGAGGCACAAGAGUGACAAACGUAAUCAAACAAGUUAGGACCAGACAAACUUCAGACAGUACAACAUGGGCCACACAACCGGAGGGUCGAAUAGCAGAAAAGUGGGACCGACAGUUUGGUUAAAUUUUAACAAGAAUUUGGAUGUUACGACUGAAUAAGCAUGUAAAUCUUGUGCACGUAGUAGUUGUACAACAUAAACAAAUGAAUAAUGAAGGCAUGAACAUAGCCUACAAGCUAUAAAAAGCAAGAAUCUUAACAUGAUCAGACAUGCCAUCUUCUUUAAGAAACAUUUGGUCUACAUAGAGAUAGGACAGACAUGCAGAAGUUGGAAUCAUGGAAUAACUUAAUAGUGUGCUUCACCCAUGAAUCUGGACAUUGAAGAUGACAUAAUUCUGUCAAUUUCAAGGUGUUUGGUUUUGGUGAUCAAAUGUCAUUUAUGACUAGAAACGUCAUGAGAUGAAUGAAUCUUGUUUAAUCCAUUUAAUAUGAUGGCACCGCAUUUCACAUGCUUACUUUUUUGAGAAAAUUGUAGCCAUUUAUUUUCAACAAAUUCUAAUAACAAAGAAAGCUCUAAUUCUGCCGUUUAUAUUAUGCUUGAAGAGGAAAUGUUCACGGUGUCCUCUUGAUUUGAAAGAAUCCUUUCAAAUGGGAAUAAAAAAAACAAAAAAAGGUAACUGCCUAGCUAUUGCCUUAAUCCAAUGACUUUUCAAGUAAUGAAGGACAUCGAUGUCCUAGAGGUAAAUGGGAGAUAUCCCAGAGGACUACGUUACGGACAGCAUCACCAUGGUGAUCACUGGCAUAACUAAAAGAAACCAACAUGCUCUUUGUUUCAAACUUCUAUCCCUUCCAUACCUAAUUUAGAGGUUAUUGAAUCAGCAUGACAUGUGUUCGAUACCAUAUGAAUGCUUUCUCACUAAAGGACCAUAGUGUCUCAUCAAGAUAAAGGCAGCUACAUUAGGCCACUAUACCAAUAGUGUAUGUUCUUCCUAUUCUCCAAUUUUAACGCGACCCUACUUUCCACUCACAUAUCUGAUGGCAACAUUUUGUCAGUUGCCCAAAAUCCAUAAAUACUCUUAAUCUAUACAAAUAAAAUAAAAGGAAAUAAAUGAUGUGUUGAAUCUGCUUCCUUCCAAAGUUUUUAAUUGUUCUUUGCCCAACUUCUCCUGUAACUCAGUUUACAGUACUCGGACUCAAUUACUUAUGUGCAAUUUUACCAUCUUCUACCCUACUACCCAUACUGCUUUUUCAAAAUAAAAUUUGGACUUGAUCAGUCUUCCACCAUGCACAUUCACAAUUAUCUAAUGCUAUCUAUUUCACUCCAUCCACUGGCCAAAGCGCCCAUGUCUCUCAUUCCUACAAACUGAAGCAUUUUGAGAAAGUUGUCCAUCUUUGCCAUUUGAGCCAUUGUAAGGUAUUAUCGUCCUUUACAACACAAAAAAAUUCUACACAGAUGCUUUUCCAUACCAUACUGAUAACAUUUCAGAUGUUGCAUGUGAAACAUCAACCAAAACCUGUUUAAUUGAUACAUUAGUUAAAUUCAUUAGAUGCCAUCCAGAAUUACAAUUCUACCUUCAUAAAAAAGGAUGAAUUAUAAAGGAUGAAGCACAAUCUAAUCCCCCCCCCCCCCCCCCAAAAAAAACAUGAUUCCUCUCUUUGUGUUGAGCAUCACACAAAUACCAUCUCCACUGAGAAUCAAAGACAAUUCCUUUUUUCAUAGACAAACAGGUAUUUCUACGGCACUUGUGAGUCUAGGUAACAGAAUGGGGAGUUAUUAAGGUCGACUGUUUUGAUAGACAAAAACGGACACAUUCCCAAAUGUAUAAAUCGGCUACGCACUACAAACAAAACAUACAGUAGCAAAACAACUAUAUAUCAUUUCUAAGAGGUAUUGUAAAGGCAGUCCAUGGUGAGUCCAUGGUUAAGAGGGAUAGCUCGGCUAUUAGCGCUAGUGCCCAUUGUUGACAAACAAAAGCUAGAGAGGAACUAAAAGUAUCAUUCACCAAAUGAUUUUUAAGAGUCAAAAUGAUUAUAUUGGAGUGAGGCUUGUACCGCUAAACGUAAGGCAUAUAUAUGCUGGAUGUACCACGUUUUUAUAGGCUAACCCAUCUGCAGAAUGCAAUAAUACCCUUCAAUGGCACAAAUUAGUUAGCCAUCCCUUCAUAUCAAAAGAAGAAACACAAUCCUACAACAUCUAUGCAUGAGGAGGCAGAGGUAAAGAUUAUUUUGCUUUAGUUCAUUUUUCAUUAUUUUCCCAUCAUUUCUAGAACUUAACUUAAACAGUGCGGCAAAAGUCAGUUACUCGAAAACCAAAACCCCUGCCAUAAUUUAGACCAUACAUUCACGUUUUUGUCAGCAAUGGACUAAUAUGGCUUAGUUAAGAUGUCUGCAAAUGUACGUAAUAUCUCAAAUUCGGUAAAGUCAAGUGUUUUUCAGUUUCAUCCCCUGCUUUUUGGCAACUCAAUGAAAGGCAGCGCAAGUAUAAUUUUCCAUUUGAAAUGUGUUUUUUUUUUGCUGCACACGUGUGCACACCAAGGUGUGACCAUAGACUUUUCACUGCUCUCUUAUGCUAACCCUAAAGAGAAACAUGCCCCUCCAAUUAAACAGUGUCUCUCCCACAAGCACAUCACACAUGAUUGUGAAGAUCAGUCACCAGUUCAUGUACUCUCAUCUCUCCACUGAAGGUAUUGUUCUCCCUAAAUAGAAGUUUAUAUCUACAUAGGUAACAUACUGUAUGUACCGGUAUACAUAAAUACACAGAGAUAUUAAAUAUACAAAAGUGCUUAUUCUUGAAAUAAGUGCUUUGGGUCAGGACUGAGUGAAAAUGGUUGUUUUUGUUGCAUCACUGAAAAUCUUAAAUGCUUGCCGACAUUCUAUGGCCCCAAAGAUCACAAUACUAGGUUCAUCUAUGCCCACAGUGUAAACAGAAUAGGUAAAUAGGGAGGGAGGAAAUAAGACAAUUUAAAAAAGGGGAAGGGGCUUCAUGAAUUUAGUCCUUUAACUCUUUAUGUGUAUGUCUUUAGGCAUCCGAUUGAUCAAUAAGGGAUUCGGUUUCACAUUAAAACUUAUUCCAAAAGGGAGAUUGGGGUUUUCAAUGUCAUGUCUAACCAGCCUAACGACAACAAAACCGUAGGCUACACCAAAUCCACGGUCAAUGAAAUGUCACACAAUAUAGGGGAGAGAAAAAAAAGUGAUCUAGUAAGUUCCUAUUCUCAUUUAAAUCAACGCAACAAUUAUAAUUAACAUCGCAAUUCACCCUAGAACAUUAUUAAAUGGCUUACUAUUCGAUGUGAUCUCACCUCAUCGAACUGGGCCUAAACCUUCUCUGACAUCAUAUAAAAAGGCUUAUGUAAAAUGCCACAAAAAUUUCAGGUAGCUUAAUACAAUCAUUUUUUUAGCAUAUUAGUAUAAAUAUGAGGAACAACGACACUGGUUUUGGAAUUUGCUAUUCCUACAUCAUGUAAAGAAUAUCGACUUUGUCAUCUUAUUUUUUUUUUUUUUAAAGGCUUUGACAUUAAAAACCUUGUGGAAUAACAUUACUGGCAUCUGAAUAGGUGCAAGAUCAGAUUUUCCUUUUUUAAAACACAGUUCCUUCCCAGCCCUAUGAUUGAAUGCACCAGGAGCUGACAAUGAAUCUCAGGCUGAAAUAUGAUUCAGAAAUUGAUGCAUCAACUUUUUUUCUCUCUUAAUAUAAUGAAUAGUACGUACAUCUAAAAGAGAUGUGCAAAAUGAUUUUGAUAUUCCAUUCAAAAGAGAACAAUUCUAGGUGACAACUGAUAAUAGGAAUGAGGCAUAUCCAGAGAGAAACAACAAUGUAACAGAGGAAGAGGGUUAAGGUUGUCAGUGUAUAACACAAUGGAGGUAUUUGUACCAGACAUUUCAACAUGGUGUUCUUGUUGCCGAAAAAGAGAAAUGGGAGCACACAUACUUCAAAACGGGUGUAAAGAAAUACUCAAUGACUCAAAUAAACUAAAUCCCGAAAGACACUUCUUAAAAACAACUUCCGAAAAGCAUUUACUUAUAAAUAAAAAGCCCUUGUGAUGCUGAUUGUCAUCUCAAAACAUUUAAAAAAGUAGCUGUCCAUACAUAACCGUACCAACAUAAUAUAUGUAUGUGUGUUUUUGUGUCAGCCACACUUUGUCAAUAUGGUGUACUGUUAAGAGAAAAGAUAUGCAUCGGUACAGUAACACUACUUGUGCAAUUUUGCCAUCUAACUACAUUUAUGUAAUAUGUAAAAUACAGAUACAAGGCAGGCUAAUGCAGAAUGUUACAGUACACCAUGGAUUUAAACAUACUUUCUCCUUUUCAAUAUUAAAAUUACUUUAUGAAUGGGGGGGGGGGGGGGGUCUUUACAAUCUCAAGAAAACAAUUACAAAUGGAGUGAACAUCAUUUUGAAUUCUGUUCAGAUGAACAUAACUAACAAUCUCCAUAAAUAGCGUAAUCAACUGAUUACCCUUAAAACUAUACGGAUUCAACUACUGUGCAAAAGGCGACAGAGAAGCUAUCAACAAAAAUUCAUGGAUCUAUAGUGUGGCCCAAACAGGAGUCAAUGAGUUGCGUUGUUAAAAUCUUUGAGGUAAGUACAAGACGUGCCUAAUUAAAAUUGAAAAGGAAUGCAUUUGUGU